AUGACCUCGUACGAUGGUAUGUUUGACCCCAGCCAUCAUCUCAGCAACUUUAGGAGUCGGAUGUACCUCACGGAUGCCUCAGAUGCGAUCCAUUGCAAAGCCUUUCUGACUACUCUAACCAAGACAACGAUAAAGUGGUUCGACAACCUGCUACCAAGAUCGAUCACAAGCUUCGACGACCUCGCCAAAAAGUUUCUCGCCAGGUUCUCCAUUCAGAAGGACAAAGCCAAACACGCUCCAAGCCUGCUAGGGAUUAAACAAGGAGACCAGAAAAGCCUCCGCAGCUACAUGGAAAGAUUCAAUAGAGCGUGCCUUGACAUACAAAGUAUCCCUACAGAGGCAGCCAUCAUGGGGCUCAUCAACGGCCUAUGA